AGUAGAAAAGGUACUAAGGCGUGGUCUCCCUGAUCGUGCUGCCGCGGCAGCAUCAUCUUCAUCAGUUGUGAUUUCACAAUCACAAGGAUUGGAAGAAUUAAGUAGGGUUAGCGAUGCCUUAAACUUGAUAAAGUUGGGAAGCGAGGCCUCAAAGCUGGAGACUAAAAGAAGUUCUGAGCGGGAUCAAGAAGAUGAACCUGAAGGAGGACCUUCCGAUGUUCUUGUCACGCCACACUCUGCUAGUGCUUCUUCGUCUUCUGGUCCGUUGCAGGCAGCUUACGAUCCGGAUCCCAUGCCUGCACUUGAACAAUUGCCAACAGGAGGAGCUUCGGCUUCCAAUCCUAUGCCUGCUGCGCAGAACAUUCCAGAUCAUCCAGAGGAUUUACUUCCACCUUCUCAGGCAACGUCCAAUGGAGACACUUGGAGCCCGUCUUCGGCAUCAACAUCCAAAGAAGCAGUCACUUUGACUUAUCCCGUUUGUCCUCUACAAGAUGGUAGAAUAAGUUAAGGGUAGACACUCACUAACACUAUCAAUCUGGUGUGACGCACUACGUACUCUUCACUAUCAGAUAAUCAUAGUCUGGUCCUCUGAUUGUGAUUGUUCUGCUUCACUCUUAGCGGUUCAUGUGCUUGACAAGGGACUUGAUCUUGAAGGGAUGAAGAAAAGCAAAGAGAUUCCACUCAAAAAUGAGUAGAGUUAGUGAAGAGUGUCUAGCAUUAAAUAAGCGAGGAGAGACUAGAACAGGGAAUGCUCACUCACAAGGAUUGGGCUGUAGAGGCUGCACAAAAGACUUUCCCUGACGAGGUGUCAGAGACUUUGGCGCUUCAACGUCUACGAGAAAGCGAACAGCCCAAAAACUGUCUGGAGACUUUACGUGACGCGAUCGUGAAGCACUAUCUGGUGGACAUCGAACAUGCGUCAGGUUUGUUGAAAGAAACAAAGGCAACGGUGCUAAACAAAAUUAAGGGUCCUAGGCUCCGAAUUACAUCCCACAAUACUAGUGUCCUUGAGGCUCUACUUUCCCUAUAACUAGAUAGAUGAAAAGACUUACAAGUAAGAAGCCACGGACCGUCGGAGGAAUGGAAUUGUUCCGUAACCUCUAACAUGCGGCUACCUCGAAGAGAUAUCCCCUUCUUGUUGAACGAUUUGCGGUUCGGAAGGGUGUCAAAAACUUGGAGAUUGCAGUUAAGAUCGUGGUCUUUUUGCUUUACAUUCAUACUUUGGAGUUGGAUCUUCAAUCUCAUAUUUCUUUCGUUCUGCAAUCGCUGCCACACUCGUUGAGGGUACAGCUACAGCAUCUCGCAUAGCUAUCAUCUAGUUUCCAGUUGUGUGCACGCGAAUCGUGAUAGGCUUCAUGGAUUGGGCAAAAAGUCAACAACCCUUUAUGAGAAGGUUGUUUGGCAGCCGGUUAGUUAGGCUUAGCCUUAGCCACCCUUUUCUAAUGAUUAUGAAGAAGCGUAAUUUGGUGUUAGACACGUACAAAGCAGACCCAAUUGCUACGGCUACGCGACUACGACUUUUAGAAACUACAAGCACGAAAAGAGGAGAGCCAAACCUGGUCGAUCUGUCCGUAAAGAAGCUAAUCCGUGAGGACGAAGUCCCCGCGAAGAAUCCGAAUGCUAUGCCUAGUACUUAAACAAGGAAUGUUUAUUUUGGGAUAUUUCCCAGAAUAAUGUUAGCUGAUCUAUUUUCAUUCGUUAGCCUUAGCUGUUCUAGUAAGCGCAGGCUCUACGUUGUAUGUACGUAAAUUUUGAUGUUUUCGGUCAGAUAAAUUUGAUAUUUUAUAUAUUUUGUUUGUUUCCAAUUCCGGAAGAUGAAGCUCUCUGUAUUAUUUUUACCACAUUCACUGCAGGUUCUACGCACUAUUCUUGGCCAAGAAUAUUUUGAUGUCUGUCACCGUCACGUCCAUAUGACUAUAAGACAAUGAUCUUUAGGGACGAUGACUUAGACAGACCCCCAGUCUUAUCCUUCGUCAUUAUCUUAUUUAAAUAAUCUCCUCUUCUUCUCUAAAUUGGACGAUGUACGAGUGUGGAUUCGCAAUGCGGAACAAACAAAAGAAUUCGUUGAAACGCAUCUAGAUAAGCUUCACAUCAAGCUUGAAAAAAAAAAAAAAAAAUUCAACGAUGAAGAGGGCAUUAAAAAAUAUGAACAACUCAUCAGUGACGCUUUGAGAAUGAAAUUUGAGGAAAAAAGACCUCCGAGGAUGUUUGCGAAAAUCACUUUAGCAUUACUUCGAUCCGCGGAAGCAAAAGUACAGCGCACUAUAGAGGAGGACCCGCCAGGGAUGGGGCACACUGAAGACACGGACAGCCCCACACGCGAUGUUGCAAUGAUCCAGCGAAUGUUGCGUCGAUUUUAUGAAAGAAAUCUCUCCC